AAACGAGGAGGCAGUGGCGGCCAGAGCGUCCCCGGGCUCUCCCUGCUCGGUAGGCUCAGGUAGAGUUGGAAGCGACGGGGCUGCGGCUGCAGAGGCCAGGCUGGCGGGGCCAAGGUGGGCCGCGGAGCAGGCCUCAGGGUAAGAGGCUGCGGGGCGGGAAGGUUUCGGACGUAACCGCUCCACCCAGCUCUGAGACGACUCUCUGUCGGCGGUGCGGGCUGAAGGGAAACCCGGGACCCCCCACCCUCUCGUGGAGCCGAAGGGAGCGGAGGCUACGCUGCGGGCGGCGGAGCGACCCGGGGAGAGGGAGGAGACCAGGCGCCGCAUCGCGAGGGGGAAACGGCUUCCCGGGACCAUGGCCCCGACGGGGGAGAGAGACUCCUCUUCAACCUCGAUACGGCAAGGGGACCCCCAACUUCUGUCCUCGCGGUGGACGACGCCCCUCGUCGUGGGCGUACGGUCUUCCCCAUCUCCUGUCCGUUUGUCAGCAGAGGGAGACCCGCUCCCAGGGUGCAGAAGGGGGAUUCUGAACUUGCUUUAAGGAGGAAUAAGUCAUAACCCCCAAACAAGACCUUUUCCCUUUGGUCAGCGCCCCCCAGGUGAAAAGGAAGAUUCUCAACUUGCCUAAAAGUGACGCGGGGGGGGGGGUGUUUCUCUCUCUGAGAGAGAGACUUAACUUCCCUCCAUUAUUUUUCAGCCUUACCCCAAGGUAUGGAGAGGAAGACCCUGAAUUUACUUUAUGGGAUUAGAAAUCGGCCUCUCUCCGUCUCUAUUAUACCCAACGAGGGAACCUCGCUUCUCUUCCCUCAAGUGUUUUGGUGCGUAAUGAGCUCUUUCCCCGGCACAGUUAAGAGGAUGGCUUUUGGAACGAGAGAGUUGCAAGAGUUGCAAUUCCGUUUCCCACCUACCGUCUUUGUGACCUUGACUAAUUGCUUAAUUCUCUCAAUCUCAGUAAACCCGUAUCUAAUUUGGGUACUGUUUCCAUAUGAUUGUCAUGAGGACUAAGGGAGGAUUUGUGUAAGUGCUUAGUUAGCUUUUGGGUGAACCAUUUGAUGUAAAAGACUUGACUCCAUAACCCACGGCUGCCCUAAUGCUGUCAUCGGGAGUAGAGACUCAGCUAACUCCACUUGAUUCCUCCAUGUCUGCCGUGGUACAGGAAUUAUACUCUGAACUCCCAGUAAGUGUCUCCAAAGAGCUUCAUGCUGACUCUGAGCCAAGUAUGAUUCCAGAUGUAAAACCUGGAGCCUCAAGGGCUCUUAUAAGUCAGAGUAGGACCUGGCGCUUGGAGCUGCAGAGGACUCAUAUGGAAAGCUGUGAAGAAACCUCUGAGACCUUGGAUGAUGGGGGUGAGCCUGGGCGGUGUGGGCUGGUGGACCCCACAGCAGGAGGUUCUGUGGCUUCUGGGAUCUUGGAUAGGGAGGAGAAAACUAAGAGCAAGGCACUAAAGGUCUUCAGAGAUCAAGGGGACCAGAAAGAAAUUGUAAGAGACCCCUGUGAAGGGGCAAAGGAAGAUCCAAGUCAACAUUCCACAGCCACAGAAGAAAAGAUCAGCCCAAGUCAGGAGGACCUCCUGAUGCAGUCGAGGAAAGAACUUUUAUGCACAGACCUCUCUGAAGAUUUACUAAGGAGCAAAGGAAAUAUACAGAUUACAACAGAAACUCUGCUAAAAUCCCCAGAAGAAGUACAAGGUAUGAAGGUCAAUGGGACUAAGACGGAUAAUAAUGAAGGACACAGGAAUGGCAAUGUGAGUAAAAGUCUCUCAGCUGGGUGCAGCAAAUACCCAGAAGUAGACAAAAUUAUGACCAGUGGUGAGGUUUCAGAAACAAGCACGUUAGGUUCCCUAAAGUCUUUAACCUUUGUGGAUCCUGGAUUAACAGAAGCGACUUUUAAAGAGAAAGAAUGUGAAGAAUUAAAAACUUGUCCUUCUUGGUUGUCAUUAUUAGCAGGGAACACUGCCACUUCCAAAGUGGGCAAUGGGAAGGAAGAGUUGUGUAAAUUGAAUCUUGUCUGUGAAGCAAAUGACAAUCACCAACAGACCCUUGGCCACCAUUCUGAAAAAUACAGUUCUGCACACGACAGUCCCAAAGCCAUGAUAAGUAUAGCUGUUGUACAACCCUUGAAAGAAAAUCCCAAGGAUUCGUAUCUCACAUCAGGUUUGUCUGGUCUAGAAUCCAGAACAGCAUCCCUAGAAGAAUGUGGCCUUGAAGGUGAUGCCUUGCUGAAGGGAUCUGCUGAAAAGAUAGACAAUUCCUAUUUUGAUGGGGAAGAUCAAAGCAAAAACUUGGUUUCCAGAGAGAAAAAUACAGAACACUUUAUGAAACUCAUGAGUGAAAGGGGGGAGCUCUUUCCUGUUAAUGACAGACAACCAGAAGAAGAUGCUAGUGGUCAUCAUUCUGGCUGUUCUAGUGAAAAAGAGUCUGUUGACUCCCUAAAAGAAAAUACCCACAGUAACUGUUGUAUUAAAGACAGUAUUUAUACAGAGAGCUCUAGCUGUUUAAUGUCCAAUUCUUUUGCUGAAGCCACAGAAAUAAUGAUAAAAGAAACUGAUUUGAGAAUCACUUUAGAUGUUCAGGGCAGCUUGACAAACCAUGAGGACCAUAGAGAAAUGUGUACUAAUAAAAGCCAUCUAGGCAAAUACUAUGAAGAAAGCAAUUUUUCGUCAUUGAUGCAGAUUGAAGAGCCAGAACAGACACCCACUAUUGAGCCCGAUAUGUUAAGUGUAAAGACUUACAGUAAAGAAUCUAACUCCUUAGUCAAUAUCCAGAAAAAUCUGGAAGCCAACACCCAGUUAAAUGAAGCAUUGUGUAGUGAAUUUCUCUUUAAAAAAAAAUCCCUUCUGAGUUUAAUGCCAGAGGACCAGUUAAACUCUAUAAAUGAGGUAUCAAAACCCAAGAAUGACGUUGCUCAGUUACCACCAUCCUCAGAAUUUGAUUACAGAUCUAAGCCAGAAAAAACCCUACAUGGUGAUAUUCCACAUUUAGAUCAACAGAGCAUUGCCUGUGAGAUGAAUGAAGUCUCUUGUACAGAUGAACUGGUUGUAAACCAAGUAGUAAAUGAAUGUGUUUUAAAUCAACAAGUGUCCCUUAAUUCUCAAGACCACGCACAGUUGCCCACUGACUCCCUACUAAAUACAAACAAAGAGUUGCCUUUAGCAACAACAAGUGAGGAUUCCCAACAGAGUCAUCAUCUUUCAUUAGAGGGUGGAACAGACACCAUCUCUGAUAGCCAAAUCAUUUCCAUUAAGACAAAAAUGAAAGACGUCUCUCCACCAGGUGGCAAAACUUGUGGUGCCUCUUCAGACAAUUCCACCUUAAAUAUCAAAGGAAGCCAAGAAAUAAAAAAAGAAAUGACUGAUUCAGGAACAGAAGAUCUACAUCCCAGGCUUCUCUCAAAUAAAAAAGAAGCAGCUUACUUUCCUCAACAGGUCUCUGUCAUGGAAUGUCAAAGUAUUCAAUCUCAGGAUAUCUCUAGCUGUCAUUGUGCAAGUAAAAGCACAUCAGAAGAGAGCAUGUGUUCUGCUUGUGCUGCUUCUGAGUCCAGCAAAAUCAUUGUAAAAGUUGAAAAAAAAUUAAUAACAAAAUGUGAAGAUGCAUUUCAGCACAACAAUCACCACUCCCAAGGAAAGAAAGGCUCUGUGAAAAGUAGCACCCAUCAAAUUAGUUGUACAUCAGAUAAAAGUGAACUUGGUAGGAGAGCAACUAAAGGCAGGCUUCAAGAAGGUAAGCCCAGAAACAAAAUGUCAGAAGGCAUAUUAAAUAGUGGAGCUCCAGACGAAUCCAUUCACACCCCCAAUCACAUCAAACUCAUUGAGGAAGGGCUAGAAGGAAAGGAACAGGAUAUACCCAGAGAGACUGUAUUUUGUAAACAAAACAUCUCUGAUUGUGCUACACAAGAUCUAAACCAAUCUGUGAACAUUCCAAGUCCUGAAAAAUUGUUGGAACAGUCUCCUUAUGUUAUGCUCUCGAUGACCCAAGCAGAUAAAACUCUUGAUCAGAAGUCAGAAGUCCUUGGCUGCCAUAGGAACCAAAACAGACCAGAUGAAUGCAGAACUGAAGAUAUACCAGCUAAGGAAACCCUACAUAGUGACCAGCAAGAGAACAUCACAGAAAGUAAUGGAGGAGUAAGCCACAACCAAAAGGAUCUGCUAGCUGGUUCAGGCAAUAAUAACCCACUCUGUUGUAGUAGUCCAAAGAAAGGCAAUUUUCAAGGAGACUUUGAAAGUAUUCUUUGUUGUGAAGAAUCCACAGACUGUAGUAAUAAGCCUACAGAAGCAGUACUGGGCAUAAACUCAUCUAGUACACUUGAUAGUGGUGCAGGGCAAAAAAAACUGGCAUUAUACGAAACCUCAAGGAGUAACUUGUCUCAGAGAGGAGAACUGAGUGCUGAAUGUAUAAAAACAAUUGAGCAGGAUUCAGAUUUCCCACGUGCCACUUCCUCUGCAGUAGAAUCUCUUGAAAUAAAAAAAUCAUGUGAACAGAAAGUAUGCAGAUCUUUAAAAGACUGUGAAAUGGAAGUGUGUACAGACCCUUGUGGCCAUGCGAUAGCAUCUGUUGCAGAUCAUGAGCCAAAUAUAAGAGUACUGGAUGGAGUAAAUGUGUCUUUAAAUUGUAUUCAUCAUGAGCAAGAAGUGAGAGGAGCAUCUCUCGGAGAAACACAAGUAGUGGGUGAAGGAUCAAGACAAGAAAUAAAUUCUGAGUUUGACCAGAAAAAUUCCUUUGGAAAUUCUUCAAAAGAGUUAGGGUCUUCUAGAUGCCAAGAUGAGAACUCUGUUCCAGAGAACCUAGCAUCCACUGAAAUAAUGCCUUUGUAUCUGUCUUCUCAAGAAAAUGCAGGAAUUAAUGUUAAUAGUACUCUGGGUGAAGAAACUGACCCAAAAGAUCUCAAACCAAAAGAUGGUGAAAUGCUUUGUGAAAAUGUAAAAGAUUACACUGCCCUUCCUGAGAUGAAGGAAGGCACGCCAAGGGAUAUGAGUAAUCCUAGUGAAGGAGACAGUAUAUGCAUCAUUGGACAAGAGGAUACUUCAAAAGUUUGUCACCCUGAUGAAAAUCCCACUCUUGAACAUUUGCCUUUGACACUGGAAACAGAAGCUAAGGCAAAAGGAGAAGAAACCAAAGAACAGUGGAAGGAUUCUCUGGGUCACUUAACUGUUGGGGAGGAAUCUGAAGAGGUGGUUACCAGAGAAGUCAGUGAGGAUGAUAAUAUAACUGGGACUUCUCAGAGCCACUUUAAAUGCAAGAGGAUGCUUGGUGAUGCUGAAGAACAACGCCAGAGGGUUUGGGGCGACACAUUACUUAAGGAAGAGAAAUAUUUACAUCAAAAAGGAGCACAUACUAUAUUGGAACAGUGCACAUCAUCUAAUAUGUUGUCAGAUGAGGCACAAAAUAAGAACCUACCUAAGGAUUAUGAAGAUGGGCCUACUAUAAUGAAAGAAAUCACCCUAGCAAAGAUGGCCAAGGGUGACAUUGCUGCAUGGUCUCAGAAGUUGAAAUACCCAAUGGUGGAAAGGUUAUAUCAGCCAUUAAAGGACAAUGAGAUGUCCUUAGGUCCUUGUCUUCCUGGCACUCUCCGGAAAGCAAAAGAUCCUAACUCUAUUGGGUGUCAUGAAAUACACAGUGCCUUUGGGAACACUUCACAUCAGAAAGGAGUGCUUCCCUUAAAGAAGCAGCCCCAUCGAGCAUGUAAAAAAAUUUCCUGUCAGGAGCAAGUCAAGAUGGGAAGAAAAAUAAGUAAAAUCAGAAGUUCUGCCUUUUUAAUGAAUUCCUCUGAAACCAUCUCUACAAAAGAACACAGACUUCUCAGUUCAUGUGCUGUACUUGCACCUGCACAUUUGGAAUCCGAGACAGUAAGUACUAAGAGCUUAAUUAGCCACAUACCAAAGCAGAAGGCUACUCUGUGCCAUCCCUUGAGGACCCUGCAUUUUAGAAAGCCUACCAAAGAAUUAGCCUUACUAAACAAGCUGUCCAUCCUUGCCUGUAAACUGGCCCCGGCCACAACGACCCAGAAACUAAGAUACAGGCGUUCUUCUGAACUGCUUCCGGUGGCUAAAAGCUACAGGCGGUUCAGAUAUAGAAGGUUCUUGGAUGGAUUUUCAUACAGUAUGAUGCAACUGAAUCCUUAUUUAGCAGCUAGGGGAUGGGAUAAGAGACCUAACAGUAAGCCCUUGGCACUUUAUUCUCUUGAGGCCAUCAAAAUGAGCUUCAUAGAUUUGAGCAACAAGAUGCCGUCAUUGCUGUUUGGUUCCAAAAUCUUCCCAGUGUCCUUUCAUGUGAAAUCAGGCUCAGACUGCACAACCGAGUCCUCAAGGACUUUUUCUGAGCACUGUGCUCCUGCAAGGCUUGCCUUAGAAGAGGCUCCCAGGUGCCCAUCUCAACCUCCCAAAUGGACCUUUUCUUUCUUCUUGUCCCAUGGUUGCUCUAGGAUGGCCACAUUCAGGGAAGACACUGGCCUCCUUAGUCAGUCACACUCCCAGUCUCCUCCACAGCCUCCAGUUCCUUUCCAAGACUGUGGAAGCACUGCCAUAGUACAUACCAGAGCAGGUCGCUCUAUCCUUGGCCUUCAUACGCUUCUAGCACUUUGUUCCCCUGGGUGUUACCGAAUCUGGACAAAAAAACGGAGCUUCUCCAGUCACAUGCCCACCAUACAGAGACUCUUCAUGACGCAGUUUACACAGGGCUUGAAAGGGUUAAGGUCUCCAGCAUCCAUAGCAGACAAGGUCUUCUGUUCUUUGCCCUACUCUGUGGGCAGAGUGCUGUCCAUUUGGAACCAGCAUGGGCCUUCUGCCUUCGACGUCUCUGCUCUUCAUUCCAGUCACAGCAAGCGGCAGUCAAGUCUGCAGCCAAGUCUGGGCACCACAAGCAGCCACACCUUGUUACCAUAUGUGCCUCUUCCAGGCACAGAAGCUACUUGUAGCACCAGAGGUGGUCAGAUAAGGCUAGAGCCUGCACUUGCUGCCUUGGUACCAAAGUCCUGUUUGGUAACAGAUUCAGCUGUCAGCAGACUCCUGCUUUCAGCCUCUGAGUUCCAAGUUCCUGCAUUUGAUGAGCUGGAUGGCGUGACACCAUUGUGCCCCCAGCCGCAGAGCAGCCCUCCAGAACAGAAAGAGCCUGAGCCAGAGAAGAGGCCAAAGAAAGUCUCACAGAUUCGCAUCCGGAAAACCAUUCCUAAGCCUGACCCUAAUCUUACCCCCAUGGGCCUUCCUCGACCCAAAAGGUUAAAGAAGAAGGAGUUUAGUUUAGAGGAAAUAUAUACCAACAAGAACUAUAAGUCCCCUCCUGCAAACAGGUGUUUAGAGACCAUCUUCGAGGAACCUAAGGAACGAAAUGGUACACUAAUCUCAGUCAGCCAACAGAAGCGGAAGAGAGUUCUAGAGUUUCAGGAUUUCACUGUUCCACGAAAGAGGAGAGCUCGUGGUAAAGUCAAGGUGGCGGGCAGCUUUACCAGGGCCCAGAAAGCAGCCCUGCAGAGUCAAGAGCUGGAUGCUCUUUUGAUACAGAAACUAAUGGAACUGGAGACUUUCUUUGCCAAGGAAGAGGAGCAGGAGCAGUCAUCAGGUUGUUGAGAAGCAAUUCCAUUUGGGGAGUCUCAAUUUUAGUUUUUCUGGACCUCCUUGGAAGAGGUUGCCUGAUAUUGCCCUACCACCCGAACCACUAAAAAAUGCACAGUCUACUAACUUUUACCUAUUUCAAGGUGCAAGCAUUUUAGUGGCUGGCAAAGGAGGGUCCUCUGCUUCUUCUGCUGAGUGUCACACCUCAGGAAUGCUCCCCUUCUCCUGGAGAUGGUCCUGAAUGACAUCUGGCUUCCUCCUUCUGAUCUCUGCCAUCCACAAGAGGAGGAAGCAACAUAUCUUAAAUAACACUAGGAUUCCAAGGACUCACAACAUUUGCACGUCCAUAUGAAAGUUCCGCAUUGUUUACGGUGGUGCUAGACCAAGAUGAAUUAGAAGUGUGGCCUAGGGAGGUGGCCCUGGCAUCCUGUCCUUUGGGGUCUCACUGGCUCAUUUUAGUAUUUGAGAAAAGAUGAGCUGUUGUGUUUUCUAAUCCUUUGAGUUCGUCUGCGCAGAACCUAAUGUGUGUGUUUGCACUUGCGUAUGUAUGUGUGUGUGUGGCUUUCCCCUGUCAUUUCCUCCCAUCUGUGACUGUGGUCACUAGUGCCAGAGGAGCCCAUCCAGGCCCCAUUCAAAGUAAGUUGCACUUUUUAAUGUUGUGGUGUUGAUUAUUUUCAUGUCCAACCCUUUUGUUUUUGUUUUGUUUUGUAUUAUUGCUGCAUGUUUGGAGCCUUUAAAUGUGAUUUUAAAAGUUUUUCUUAAGACAUUAAGGAGCAAGACAAUACAUGUCUUAAGAAUAUAUGAUAGGCAUUUAACCCAGUUUAUUGGUGCAUGGCAUUGGACAAUGGAAAGACAUUUUCCCAUUCACGUGUUUCAAGCAAUCCCUUCCCCAUCUCCAACUUCUAGUGUAACUCAUUGGAGGGGAGCACUUUUUUCAUCUGGGUUCUCAGUGUUGCCCACUAAGUAGAUGUAUUUAUUUUAAUGACGUACAUAAGAGCAGGUUUGUCUCCCAAUCAUUUAAAAAACUAGAAUUGGGUGUGGUUUUAGUGAGAUUUAUCUGAAAUGGUGGGUUAUUAACAAACUGUAGUACAACAGCUUGAGGGUGAUAAAGGCCAACACUAAGUGUUUGUGGCCAUCAGAGCAGCCUGCUCUGUGGAUCGAGGAGGGGACUGGACGGUGGUUCAGAUCCACAUUUGCAUUCUUGCAGUGAGGAUCAUGAAAUUCCAUGGCCAGCCCUCUCUGAGGGCACAUCAUUUGUACUCUGGGCUCCUGUGGCAGACCUACUGGAAAUUUUGUAGAAUGCUAGAGUUAGCUGAGUUUCUGCAUUUGUGCCUGCAGGAGGUUGUGGGCAGAAAGAUGCGGUGGGUCAGAUGACCCAGAAGUUUCAUCCCCUUUCCACUUAAUCCCUGUGUGCCCCUGUCCUGCUCCCCUCCUCUCCUUCUCUUGUGUAUUAUCUUUUCUCCCCACCCACCCCACCCCCCAAAAAACAAGAAUUCAGAGAAUUAACAUUCCUUGGCUGGUGAGUGGGAUGCUAAGUCCAGCAUUCUAGCCCCAGGACUACAGGUCACUUCUUCCCACCCUCCUAGGAGCCACUGCUAGGAAGAAGCAGCAGGUGGGAACUGUCAAAGCUCCAGAGACAUUUUCAUGUCAGCUUGUUAGAAAAGAAUGAACAGUGCCGUCCUGCAGUGUUGGCUCACUCUCCUACGUUUCUUUUUCUUUCCCCAUUUGUUAGUGGGUGGGAGUAUAGGGGUUUAUGGGGGGCGGGUUCUGUGUGCCUUUCCUUUGCAGGUUGACAGUCUGUGCCACACUGGAGCAUUUGACAUGAGCAGAAAAGAAAAUGUGCCACAUCUGUCUUCGAGGACCACUGCCUCAGACACCUGGUCAUCUAUGGAGGCUCCUAAGGCCAUGGCCAAAUAGGAGUAGAAGACAGCCAGGUUUCCCCAUCUGCUCUCAGUGAUCCUAACCAUAUUCUGCCAUUCUACAUCCACUCUGCCCAGACUGUCUAGACACAACCUGUGUUUCACCUCAAUACCUCUCCCUUCCUGGGACAGGGUCUUAGACACUAAAUGUUCCUCUCUGUCUAUCUGCUUUGGGGAGUGGGAUGAGUAAAACAUUGUCCCCUUAUACAAACAUUUUUACGGAGCUCCUGCUGGGCAGCUUACUCGCUACCAGUGGGAUGACAGAGCCCUGGCGGCCAGCCCCAUUGCCAGUGUAGAACAGUCAGUGAUGCGGCAGCUAUGCCAUACAGCAGACUGAAGUUGAGGUGGGCACAACAGUGGUACAACAUCACAGAAAUAUGACUUCAAGUUUGCCUGUUGUAGGUGUGUCACUCGAAAAGGCCAGGAGCAGUGAUUUGGAAGAUUGAUAUCUGGGAGUGGAGAAUUGGAGGAAACAGAGACCUGGGCUCUUGGAAAAGCCUACCAGUCCUUCCUUGCCCUCAGAACAUAGGGAAGAGCUGCCCUGAGGCUAACCCUGCUGAUCCUUGCAAUUCUUGGCCUGCCCUCUGGCUAGAAUCCCUCUACCGUCCAAAGUUAAGAAGAGGCCCCCAAUGCAAACUUGAAAUUGCUUGCCUGAAGUUGAUACAUGGGGUUAUCACCCAAGCCAUCUGUCACUCACACCUGUCUUAACUUCUAGUUUAGCCAUGGACCUCCCCAGCCACAGUGCUGUCGGUGGUCGCACCCUUCGGUGCCUGCCCACAAGGGGACACGUUAGUCAGCUGCUGGCAUGCCACCUGCCCAGAACUAUAGGAGGUUUUGUUCUGGGGUGGGAAUUGGUACAUUUUCCAAGUAUGGGGAUUUCGCACCCCAAGUGGUAACUUAUUAACUAUAACUCACCUCCAGAAGCUUAUAAAGUUUUUAAUAUGGGAAAGAGAGGAGAAAUCUCAGGUCCAAUCAGGGUUCUGCCCAUCAGUUUUUCACUGAAACUUUCAACUAUGGGUUUUUUCCAUCUUUCAGUUUCUAGCCAUAUCUCACCCCCAUCCCAUCAUCGUCUUUUCCUCUUUUUUUUUCUUUUACUCCUUUCCAGCUUCAUUUCUCCAUUAGUUUGAACGUACCUCAUCACUAUUAAAGCAUAUUAUGUCCACUUUUUCUUACUGACCUUACUAAGAGCUACAACUGAGGGAGGUACAGUGGAAAGACAGGUAGUGUUUGCCUUAUUUGGAGCCUGAAGAGCUCAGAAACUCAUGCUGUGAAUCCCAAAACUCAGUGUUCCUCCUGGAGCUGUGAAAUCAUGACACUCUGUCACAAUUUUGCCUGAAGGGUCUUUUGCAAGGGCAUCAGAGCCAACCUGAGAUAAGCUCCCAAUCCCAUUCUCUGGGCAUGAUACUUCCACCAUGGCUCAUUCCUGCCUGCCAGGCUAAGAGAAGUGGAAUGUGAAGGACUGUGAUAGCAGAUCCAAGGCUUUGGUGCAGCCUAAUGGAAUGGAGAGCCAACGCUCCAUCUCCAGGCUGGAAUUCCAUCUCAUGAUGUAUCCGUGUACAUAAAGAUCCAUGAAAGGCCAACUUUUAGACAGUGAUACUUUUCUUCCAUUACCGGGGGGGGGGAAGUAUGCAGUUGGUGAUUUCUUUAAUUCCCUUGGGGAUUUUGUUUUGUUUUGUUUCUGUUAGCCUUUCUCCCGGUAUCAUGGAAAGGACCCCUAAAUACCACAAUUUGAGUGGCUGUAUCCAAAGUAUGAAUAAUUGGCCAGAGAUGCAGAAAGAGUAUACUUUCCUGGAUUCAUGCAAGGGAAGGGCUCCUUGCCAGAACUGGACUUCUUACAUAAUAAGCUGGCUAGGGAGAGAGAGUUAAUUUUACUAUAAUCAAAGUUUAAUGUUACCAUCUGACCACAAAUUGAGCAGCAAAAGCUACUUUGAUCAUAAAGCAUGAGUCCCCAUAUAGCCCACAUCUAGCACAGCGAAGUCCCAGAUUUGAUGCUUGUCAAUUGUGUGUUUUCACAAGCUCCUCUCUGGUGCUGAAUUGGAUAUGAAUUCUUGAUGAGAGUCCUCUGCAUCUCCUCGGGCUGGUCUGGGCCAGUAAAUAGCUGCCUGAAGUAUUUAUAUAUUAUCAUGGUCAAUAGUUAAGUGAAAUUUGUACAUUUUUGGUAACAUUGGCAUACAUGAUUGCCCCUGCAGUUUCUUUCCUGUUUGGUAGUUUGUGAUUCUAAAAUUCCCACUGUUAUGUGUGUUAAUUUAUGAAAAUAAAAAUUUUUUUUUU